AACCAAUCACACGCUGCUUUAAUUAUCAAAACAUUCAUUUAGCUAUUGAUAACUCAUAGAUUGGCUGCCGAAAAGUUGCGGAAAAGUGCGGCAAAUACGGGAGAAACUGCUGAAACAAGUGAAAUACGCGAAAAAGCCGGAACAAACAGUGAAAAAUGUCGAUGAUUGUGACAAUUGGCGAGGAACAUGACUCCCUUACGGGUGGCGAUCCCGAACAUCCAACGGAAGCGCAAGUCGCGAUCGACGCUUUUUGGCCCAAGAUGCUCGAGGAGGUGAAAAAAAUCAAAAAUAUCGAGCCGGGCAACCAAAUUCUCCCGCUGGCACGCAUCAAGAAGAUCAUGAAGCUCGACGAAGAUGUCAAGAUGAUCUCGGCAGAGGCGCCGUUACUUUUCGCCAAGGCAUGUGAGCUUUUUAUUCACGAACUGACACUUCGGGCAUGGCUUCAUACGGACGACAAUAAGCGUCGGACACUGCAACGGAACGAUAUUGCGAUGGCAAUUUCGAAAUAUGAUCAAUUUGACUUUUUGAUCGAUAUUGUGCCGCGUGACGAGAUCAAGCCGAAGAAGGAAAGUGAAACGACGAAGACUACUGUGGAAGCGACGCCAGUUCAAUUUUGUUAUCAGACCGUAGGAGGCACGACAACGACAGAUGGCACGGCAACGGCAACCGUAACACCGCAAACAGCGACUGUGGUAUCGCCAAAUCAACUGAUAACGAGUCCCAUGAUAAUUCCCAUUCAACAGGGACAAGCAAUUCCGCAAUUGGGCAUUAAUGGAAUUUUGCCGGGAGCAACGGCGCCGCAACAACUGACACUUUUGCAAUCGAUUGUCGGGCCAAAUGGAGAAGUUACACAAAUUCCGGUCGCUCUCAACCAGAGUCAAAUAAAUUUCAUUCGAGCUCAACUUCCGCAAGCGACGUCGCAAGCCACAACCGCGAACACAGCUCAGCAACCGAUCAUUCUGGCGCAACCAACAGCAGCCGGACAACAAUUUGCCCAAGCCCAGAUCAUAUCACCGACGAAUCAAAUGACUUUCUUAAGUGCGGCGCAGGCACAAACGCUUUUACAGCAACAACAGCAGCAGCAGCAACAACAACAACAGGGAACUACGACGACAUCACAGUCACAAACGCCGCAAACAUCGCAGUCGCAAAUCAUCACGAGUCCCAGUACGUCGGGCAACUAGCAGCACGUGAUCCUUACCGCCAACGGUAAAAAUAUAAUAUUUAGAUAAUAUUAAGGAGAGACGAACUCUUUGGAUCACAAGCAAUUUUACUUAAAAAACGAACAAAAAAAAAAUGUAAAUAAAUUGGCGUACCUUUUAAGUCUUUAGAAAUGAUCUUUUAGGUCAAUGCAAUAAUCGAAAAUUAUUUGGAUUUCUAAUUUUUUCGGAUAUUUAACUUCUAAAAAAUAAGAAAUUAUAUUUUUUUUUUAUUUUUGACAAAAAUUUCAAUGUGAAAAAAAUUUUUUAUAAAAAAAUUGUUCAAAAUUCUUU